CGCAUAAACAUACAACGCCAGCUGCCUCGAUAAGAAAGCUGCUGAACAGAGAGUACACAUCUCAGUCGUCACUUGCCACCUCAUCGCAAUGUUGAUCGACGAUUGUUAGAAUUUUUUAUUAAUUACGACGCUCGUCCUUGCGGGUGAACUAAUAUCGUCCCUUCGUUCGACUCGGUUCGUUGCUUAUUGUUUCGGAUAAUAAUCAAAGACUUCCAACAUGUUUAACAAGUUAUCGGCUUUCUGCCUGCUGCUGCUGUUUGUCGUGCAAGCGCAAUGUAUUAUGUGGUACUUGGAGCCAAAUACGCGUAAGUGUAUUCGAGAAGAAAUCCAAGGCAAGGUACCUGUCACCGGCGAGUACAAAGUCUCGGAGGUUCCCGGCCAGAAGGUCAACUUUGUGACUCAAGAUUCAAAAGGACAUAUCCUUGCCCAAAAGGAAGAUGUUCAACAUGACAAAGUUUCUAAAUUUACAUUUGUCACUGAAACAUAUGAUACUUUUGAGAUUUGUUUCUCAUCUCAUGUGCCACAACGUAUGUACUCUGAUUCAUUUUCAACAAAUUUUAUUUUUGAAAAAUAUAUUUUUUUAAACAAACUAAAUUUGUGGUUCUUGCUUUCAGAUCAAAGGGGUAUGAGGCAAGAAGUAUCUCUCACUGUCAAGAAAGGUAUUGAAGCCAAAAGUUACGAAGGUAUUGGAGAAGCUGCAAAACUGAAGCCCAUAGAAGUAGAACUUAAAAAACUGGAAGAUUUAUCUGAAGCUAUUGUCCAAGAUUUCGCUAGAAUGCGUAAAAAUGAAGAAGAAAUGAGAGAUACUAAUGAGGCAACUAAUUCCAGAGUCUUAUUCUUCAGUAUAUUUUCCAUGAUCUGCUUGUUAGGCUUAGCCACAUGGCAAGUAUUUUACUUGAGACGUUUCUUCAGGGCAAAGAAGCUGAUUGAGUAAAAACUCUAUUCUGUGUCUCAUACAUCUAUACUGCAGCUAGGGUUGCAAAUGUACAUAAAAUAAAUGAUUUGUUGAAUCGAAUGAGCUGAGUGGAAUAAAAGAAUUCUUGCUUCUUUCUCAAGGUGCAAAGUGAA